AUGUUCGCUUGGUGUCUUGCCGAGCUCCGCAAGAAAGCCGCGCUCUCCGAAGCUAUUGGACUGGUUCCCGUCUUCGAUGCUACGACUGCCGUCGUCAAGUCCGACAACGCCAUCUCCAUGGAAGUCAAAGAAGAAUUGAAAAAGGGAGUGUCAAUCCUCGAGGACGUCCAAGAACACGCAAAGGACUGGCACCCAGGAAGCGAUGGCAAAGUUCUGGAUCUGGUUCACCCAUCCCUUUGUCCCCUAGUCUACGACUCUGUAAAGGCAUGCGGUACAGGACAAAUCAUCCCAGUACCUGAAAAGAAGCCUGCCGAGAGUCGUUCUACACAGGGCCUAUGGUCUUAUAAGUUUCAGUGGCUCCCGUGCGAGGUUGACAUCCAAGAUGGUGAGCCCGCCAUCACCAGCUAUACCAACAACUUCCAUCCCCAGCACCAUGCCGGGCUUUACGUUACGAUCGAGAAGAUUAUCAAAAAAGCCCUCCCCCUGUGGGAUGUCAUAUAUAGGUGGCACAUAGACUUUGAGGUCCUCCGCAUCUGUUCCAAUGAAGCCCGCAGAGAAUGUAAAGCCGGGUGCACCGAUUACUGCACUCAAGAAAACCGACCAUUUGAUCCGGGAGAAGACGAGCGUAAUGAGGAUGAAUAUCGCAGAUCCUCGCUGAACUACCAACGUGACAAAGCCUGGUUCGACAGAAUCCAUCCCGUCAAGAGGCCUAACGCCCCCAACUACAGCCCCAUGCUCCUCCAGCCCAACGACGUCAACCUUGAGAGAGGCUUCCUCGAUGGUACCGACCGCAUCCAGCCUACCUAUGAUGGAGGAUCCCGGCACAUUGAGGACCAACUUAACGAGCACAUUUGUGCCACAGCAUUUUACUACUACGAUAACGACAACGUCACAGAGAGCCGCCUUGCAUUUCGCACCAACGCCAACAAGGAUGAUCAUAUGAUUGAGUUGGACUACGCGCAGAAUGACAUCGACUCCAUCGAGCGCACCUUUAAGAUCAAAGGUAGAGGGAAUAUUACCCAGGAGCUCGGCAGUGUGCUCACCCGUGAGGACCGAUUGUUGGCAUUUCCGAAUCACUGCGUGGCUCCGUUCGAGCUAAUCGACAAGACAAAACCGGGAUACCGGAAGAUCUUGGCGCUGUUCUUGGUUGACCCAACCGUCCCGAUCAUCAGUACGGCGAAUGUGCCGCCGCAGCAGCGGGACUGGUGGAAGGAGGGCUUGAUACCCAACGGCCGCUUCGGGCCUUUACCCGCGGAGGUUACCGACAUGGGUUUUGAUGACCUGGACUUCCCGAUCAGCCUCGAGCGAGCCAAGAAUAUUAGAGAGGAACUGAUGGCGGAGAGGACGGCGACUCCGCGUUGCAACAGUUCUGACCGCCGGAUGGAUACUUGGUCCUCCAGUGGGCAUUGA